AUGGUCCACGGGAAGCGCACUGUCGUUUUCCUGGCCCUCGCAGCACUUUUCAGCCUCCUAUUCUACUUCAAAUCAGCCACCACCUCCUUGACCGUUAGGUCAUUACGUACCUCUGUACCACAGGUCGUCGGUCUGGGUGACUAUUUCGACCAUGAGCAACAGUAUGGCCUUGACCAAGGUUCCAUACACCAACCGCCUACUCAACCUAUGUAUCCCAAUGCAUCCCUGCCUAGCCCCAGCAUCACGCCUGUCGGCAAACCUUCACGAGAAUACACGCGCAAUCUCAUCAUGGCACGGAUGACGAAGGAAAACGUGUCGUGGAUCGACGAGAAUGACCUAGGCCCAGGACUCAGCAAGAUCAUCUACGUGGCUGACGACCCCAAGGCACCGCACCACCCGCCGCAAAACAAAGGCCACGAAGUCAUGACCUACCUGACCUACAUCCUGGAGUUCUACGAGAAUCUCCCGGAUGUCAGUAUCUUCAUGCACAGCCACCGCUACGCCUGGCACAACGACGACCUGCUGAACUUUGACGCCGCCGAGAUGAUCAAACGGCUCUCUUCGGAGCGCGUCCUCCGCAACGGCUACAUGAACAUGCGCUGCCACUGGAUGCCGGGUUGUCCAGAAUGGAUCCACCCGGCGGAGGUCGAGCCGGACAAGGAGAAACUCGAGCAGUCCAUGAUCGCCGACGCCUGGGCCGAGCUGUUUCCGGGCAAGGAGAUCCCUCGCGUGCUGGCGCAGCCGUGCUGCUCACAGUUCGCGCUCAGCCGCGACCGCAUCCAGUCCAUGCCAAAGGAGACGUACGAGCACUACCGUGCCUGGCUGCUGCGCUCGCCCAUCCGCGACACCAUGUCCGGCCGUAUCUUCGAGUACAUCUGGCAAGUGAUCUUCGCCGACACGGCCAUCUUCUGUCCCAACCAGCGCACCUGUUACUGCGACGGUUUCGGCGUGUGCUUUGAAGAUGAAGCGUCUUUCGACAAGUGGUUCGAGCUACGCUAUCACAAGCGCCAGGCCGAACAUCAGCUCGCUGAGUGGGAAGACCAAGCCGCCAGGAUCGAGGCUUAUCGCGUUCAUGCUGAGAAUCCUGGUCUCGAGGACGACGCCGCUCAUGACCACUGGAGCGAAGACUUCGAAGCUGCGACGGACAUUGAGACGCCCGAACCUGGGAAGGACGAAGAGCUCCGCACCACCAUCCGCGAACUAGAUGCCGAUCUCGAGUAUCGCCGCCUCCUCGCCAUCCAGCGCGGCACAGAUCCUAGCAUCAGAGCGGCCAGCGAUGGUAGGGAGUGGAACGAGGGCGAUGGGUUUUAA